UUAUAUGUCCGUAUUGCAACCAACAAACAACAAGCCAGAUUCCAGUCUAUUUUUUGAAUCAACCUUGAGUCUGAAGUGGAUUUUUGGGAAAAAGAUUUUAAACAAAUGUAAUUAAUCAUCGAGGAUUUGAGAAAACGGGGGUUAUCAAAAGCCUAUUACUUGGUGCUCCGUACGCCCUGACCAGACUCCCCAGAUUUCCCUGCUUCAUUGAUCCCUUAAAGUACAAGCACACGACAAUACACAAUGGAUCAAGCAGAUAUACCCUCGUUGCUCUCGAGGCUCAACAGUGAUGAAGAUGCUACCCGCAAGAUGGCUGUCUUCAAGCUACAAUCCUCUAUCAAUGAUCCUUCAUUCGCAGAUGUAUUUAUUUCCUCGGGGGGCCUCAAUAUCCUACGUCGAUUGAUCAUGACAACCAAUGCAAAUACCCUCGCAUACUCUUUACAGAGUCUAAGUCGUUUACUGGAAGUCGAUAUGGGUUGGGAAAUAUUUGAGUCACAAGGUGCAGGAGAAUUGGUCGAACGCGUUGUCGAAUUAAUCGUUACACAUCCACUGGUCAAUAUUCUACGAGGAGCUAUGUCGAUAUUGGUCGCUAUUGUGAGCCAUCCACAAUCUUCAGGAGGACGUAUAAAAAUACCAGGCGCAUUUGGGUUUCGAGCCUUAAAACCUGCCGUCGCGGUUUAUCCUCAAUUCUUCGAAAUGGUCGUCUCACAACUUAAUUCUGCGGAUCAUCUGCUAUGUGCGAAUGCGCUGAUGCUUUUGAAUGCGUUGAUGCGGGAUGCGAUCACAAAUGACAAUGGGCAGGGAAAGGAUAAUGUUAGCAAAAGUAGUGGGACUGGGGAGGAGUGGCCAAAAUUCAUCAAACGAUUACAAGAUUUAGGGGUUAUUAAAUCUGCAUAUAAUUUGAUGCAAAGCUCGGCAUUACAAGACCUGUCGCAUGCGCUGUUGGAAUUUCAAAGUUUGACCAAGGUUUUAUUAGGAAAAUGGAGGGACGUGAAGGUGGAUUUGGAAAGACCAGAACAUCGACGGGCUUUGAAGGGAAUACAUCUGGCCAGUGCUCCUGAGAAGAAAGAUGGUACCAAUGGAACUGUAGCAAAAGGAGAGGUAUCAGAAAAUGGAGACAAGAAAGGAAGUCGAAAACAUAAUCCUGAGAAGUGGAGGAGAUUAGGCUUCGAGACCGAAAGUCCCGCUUGGGAGUUUGAAUCAACCGGAUUUCUUGGUAUGAUGGAUUUGACGGAUUAUGUUAGGAAGAAUGAAGAUGCGUUUCAAAAGCUUCUAUUGGAGCAAUCUUCCAAGCCUCUACACGAAAGGUGCCCCAUUGCAAGAGCUAGUCUAAUGGUUACAUCUAUUCUGUAUGAUCAUUUCGAUGUUGACAAAUCAGAUGCGGAAGAUGCAAAAACUUAUCUGGUGUUGGAUGGUGUUAAGAAUUAUGAUAAGAUAUUCCGGCCUUUAUUACUACAAUGGUCAAGAUUACACUCAUCGAGUUUGCAAGCUUUCUUUAGGUUAUGGAAAGCCACAGGAGCCGAGCAGGAUGAUUUCAUAAAGGUUGCAGAACUUGUACGAAUAUUGGUUGAGCAAGUGGUUGGACAAGCUUCAAGGACAAAAGAGGUUCUAGAGGUAGAGGAAGAAUUAGCGGAAUUCGAUUAUUCAAAACUACGAAAUCUACAGAUGGAGUUAUUGGAAUUGACCUUUGAAGAUGAAUGGGGCCAACAUUUACAUCAAGUGAGAGAUGAACUCAAACAUGAAGCUCUUUUAUUUGUCAAGGAACAGAGAAUACGAUGUUUACUUCAAGGUGCAUGGUUCCCAAGAAUAAUCCAACCAAAGAUUGUCAGCGAAGAAGGAUCAACCUCUACAAAAAGUUUAGGAAGAAGAAUACCAACUACAAGUUGGCGUUUCGUCAAACUAUCACAUAAUCGUCGUUUUCUACACUAUUUUGAUUUCGAUCACCAAAUGAGUAAAGAACCGACACUCGAUCAAUUACUUGAAAAAAUCGAUUUAAGCACUAUUAGCUCAGUCGUUUCCAAUGUUUCCGCAUCCCAAGAUGAUGGCUCGAGUAUCUCCAGCUCAUCGACUCUCAAAGAUACCAAUCCAUCAUCCAAACCAAACACCACCACCAAAAUCACAAUUAAUACUUACGUUGGUGGCGAAAAUAAAACACAACCAGAUGGUGCUGAUCAAGCCGAAAAAGCUAUUCUCACUUUAAUGCCUCCUACACAUAGUCUUGCAUCCGAAUGGUUGGACGGAUUACUCAUGUUGUUAAAUCAAGCACCCAUCACGUCGGAAACUAAUAAACUCGUAGGACUGGUUAGUGAAUAUGGAUUGAAGAUUCGCUUGUUGAAUGUUAGGUUGGAUGAUGCGAAUGGGUAUGGAGGACCGCAGCCAGGAGCGGGUAAGGUACCUAGUAGAGAGGGUUUGGAUGAGGAUUAUUAUUAUGAGGUGUGAGGAGGUGGUGAGCGGAGGGGUGGAGUGGGUGGGGAGGGUUGAGGAAGUUAGGUAUGUGAAGUAUGUGUGAUUGUAUUGUACUUCUAUUUGUAUUUGUAUGAAUAUGGAAAAGGGCGAGCGCAGAGAAGUGGGAACUAGGAAGGAGUUGGAGAAGCAGCGAUAAAAGGUGUGGAUGAUGGUAUUUUCCUUGUCUUUCUCUUUAUUUUUCUCUUUUUUUUAAAAAAAGGGGCAACAUCCCGAUACAGUACUUUUCUUUGUAAUGAUACCCUGGGGUUGGUUUAUUGGUUUUAUUGGUUUUGUGGGAUAGUAU